CCAUCUUCAUCGAGCAGAGGAUUUCUAAUAGCUCAUUUUCUCGUUUUUUCUUCUGCAGCCGCCUGCGAGUUAUUUCGAUCCUAUUUGCCCAUCCAAUUAAGGAGUAGAAGAGAAAAGAAGAUCGGAUCUUUUCAUGUAGAAAUCGAUUCGUCACAGAAUGGCGAAUCUAAUACCCAAGAUCCUCCGAAGAACUUCGUCCUCUUCGAGCACAGUCGCGGCGGCGCUGUACAAACCCUCUCCGCUUUCGCCGACCUGCUCUCCGCUCACCGGCGCUGUCUUUACUCAGCGGCUCGGGCCCGACCUGCCGCCCCGGCCAAUUCCAUUCUUCGGCAUCGCGGCGGCGGAGAAACCAUCUCCUCCCUCGGAGUUCAUUUACCCUAGUUUCCCAUUUGGGCUCGGUUUAAACCCUAUUCCAGCUGCUGGGUUCGAUCUCGUUGAGACCGAGGAUGAGGUAGUUGAGCAUGACGACAAGACCAUCCGUGCUGAUAGCGUGAAGAAGAAGAGGAAGAAGAAGAUGAACAAGCAUAAGUACAAGAAGCUCCGGAAGCGUCUCAGGCGAAAGUCUAGGUCGUAAUCCAAGGUGCUUGUGGUAGUGCAGAAAGUUGGUAGAGCUGAAUCGACCUCUUUUUAUCUCCCUUGCUUACCUUUUCUAUUGCUUACUUGAGAACGUGAAUGUUUGGUUGGAGUAGCCAGGUUUGAUGAGAUAGCAUCACCCCCCUUGUUUUAACGGAUUGGAAUGGUAUUACUACUGGUCUUAAAUAAUUGCUGGCCUAGAGCUAUUCUUCUUUGCUUUCUGUUUGAAUUUUCAAUCUUUCCUGAUCGUUCUGAAACCUGAAUUGAGGUAGACAGGGUCAUUUGUUAUGCUGGUUGUGUCUUGAGUAUGGACAUAUGAUUGAUACCUUAGGCUAAGCUCAUCAAUUCUUGAUACUGGCCAGGGUAGCUGAAGCUUAUGCAUGUUCUCGGGUUAAUUUGCAUUUCCGUUCUUUUAGGUAACUGCAGUUCAAGUGAGAAAACUUGCUAGCUUAGCUUAAGAAGGGGCAACCUGGCUUGCUUCAUUGUAGUUUGGGAAGUAUGGUAGCAUCAUGAGUUAUUCUUGCAAUAGUUACACAAGUGACAGGCAUGUUUAGUUGCAGACCCCGGUUAGGAACUUCUGUUACUAGGUUUGAGUAUAGAUGAGCGCUUGAUUAAUGGUCCAACACUAUGUUGGAAGGUGAGAAAUAGUUUCGAAGAGUUUCUGUUAUUUGCCAAGAUAAGAAUGCUGGCUUCCUAGUAAUCAGUGGAAGAGAUUGUUGGAAUGGAUGACGGGAUUUCAUGUGUUCACUACAUGUGCUGAGUACUUUUGUUAGGACUUAGGAGUAGCUUAGAAACCCGAAGCUGAAGGAUACUGGUCUUGAAACUUUCAGCAUCGAUGUCUUUUUUCGGAUGACUCUGAAGGAGACGUAGUCGCUAAGCUGGCUACUUAUUGUGAAAACAUUAGAAGUCUGAAGCGGAGCAUAUUCUUACCUUCUGCUUUGUUCUUUCUGUUCAAGUAACUGAUUGUUUGCAAAGUUAAGGUUCUAUUAUUUAGGUUCAGAGUGUGCAGUUGCGAUUCAAAGGAUACUGUUUCUGCACCUAGUAUUGGAGAGUAGGAAUCUGUUCAGGACAAAUGUAUAAAUCCCACCCCAUGUUGGCCACUAUUAAUGCAAUUUAGGAGCAUGAAUACAAGGUGCUUAUAUCAUUUGCUUCUCUCAGCCAGACUCCCCCUUCUUAACAAAUCUAUUUCAGGCAUGAAAACAUUAGAGCUAUUUUGUUUUCCAGUGACAGUUAGGAGUACACUAACGCCAGAGAUAGUCAUAGACAUGAGUUAAUAAAAGUGAUAGUAAAGUAAGAAGUGGUAAGGGUGGACUGGUCACGAUCUGCAGAAUGAAACUAGAUGCCCAAGUCUUUGCUUGAGAGUUGAGACAGCAACCCUAAACCCUAAAUCUCCUCUUAGUUUAUCUGGUUGCUCACUGCUUGCAGCAUAUGUCAGUAAAAUUGAAGAUGUGGCCAUUGCCAGGGUUAUGGUAAAGUUUUGGUAAAUUUGUGGAGUUCUCCUCUUUGCCCUUAGGAUAGGAAUGUCAAUGGUUCAUAGAGAAAGAUUCAAGCUUCUGUUAGCAAAAACAUGAACGAUGUCAUAGAUAUAGCAUCUUCCUUUUUUCCUUGCCCAUUUAUUGCUGAGUUCUACAUCCAACAACCUGCAACAAUCUCAGCCCCGUGCAUCUAUUGACUUAGUUAGAUCCUAGGGUGGAAUUCAAUGAAUCGAUCGAUCGAUUUCAAUUUCACUUUUGGCUGCCUUCUUUCCUUCUGAGUUCCUUCUCCGCUCUACCCUCGCUAUUCUGCCUGGAGGCUCCGCUCUACCUCGCUGCUGCCGUCCCCUCCACCCAUCGAUUUCUCUUCCCAUCUGUCGCCUUUACGCCUAGAUGCAGGGUAAGUAUGCUUCUUCUUGCUGCUCAAUUGAUCAGCCAACAGGAGGGGAGGAAGAGAGAAAUCCCACAGCUUAAUUUUCUCAACCAAUCAUAAGAACUCUUACGUUUUAGAACUAUGGAUGAUUACUUCUUUCACCCAUUGUUUGAGUCUGCAUAGCUUCACUCUUCUUUUCCUAAGUAAGUCUGUGUCACUGCCAUUGCUUCCCAUGGUUUCUAUCUCUUAAUAUGUGCAUGCCUUGGGUUAUUGUUGGCAUAUGCUUCCCAUAUCGAGUUCUAUGGGUUUAGUUAUAUACCUCAAUUAAUUGAUGGAGUUUAGUUACUUUCGUUGAGGUUACAAACACGUAUGCAUUGUGUAUUUCCAAUGUGGUAUAAUAGGAAUCGAGAAGGUUUAACAUAAACUUAUAUUAAUCAGAGGAUCAUUGCAUUUGCCAUGUAUUUGUUAGAACUCUUAAAUGACUGACCCAAGGUAGUUCUUUAGAGUUUCAAAGUGGAAAUAGUUAUGAUCACAUGCAAUUAUGCAAAUAUCAUUGCGCAAUGACUUGCCUUAGGUAGUUGAGAAUUUCCACUUUAAAUUGAAAUGUGAAACCAAUUAAUCUAAUACUUGACGCUCUACAGAUGGUAAUUAGCACAAGUUUACUUAAAAUGUCUUAUGAGAGACGAUAGAGUAUACGACCAUUUAAGAUAUAUGUCCUUUUGAACAAUCACAUUUAAUUGAUUGAUAAAACCUCCAAUAAGAACGUCCAAUUGUUGGGCAAAAAUUUGAGAUGAUUAACUGUUUUAGAACUAUAAACUUGAUAAUUGUGGUACAUUUUAAAUUAUAAAAGAAAUUGUAUUAAAAUUGUGACCGUUUUCUUUAUUUAUAGCAUUUUCAUGAAACUUCGUUUUCAACAUAUAAAUUCAUUCAUUUUUAACUUAUUUCAAUUAUUAACUAUGCAUUUAAACAAAAAUAUACGGGGUAAAUACUUUUAAAAAUCUCAAAGUCCUCCAUGAAGACAAAAUAACAUUUGUUUCUUAAGAAAUUUAUAAAACAAAA